AUGGGUUAUCCGCGUUUCGGCGCUAUUUUGGCGUUGAUCUUGGUACGGCUCUGCAUUGGGAGAGGCUACAGCUGGGAGGCUCCUGAAGUGCGGGUGCUGUGUCUGGUCUUCCUGGCUGAGAUGGUCGAGGACCUUUGCAGCUACAUCCUAUGGCGCCUGGACAUCGACGUCUCGCCAAAGAAGCAGUUUGCCACGGACCAAGAGGUAGAAGUGAAGGUUCAGAGGAGGAUUAGCCGUCGACUUUCACAGGGCUCACUGCUGGCUGUGUCCCCACAGCCCGAGUCGAGAUCCGACCGGGACGUGGACGGUAUGGUCGAACGAUGGAAGGUGCGGGUGGCGCACGACUUCAAAUUUGGGCCCAAGGACUUCGGUCGCUUGCCCUUCUGGGCCCAUUUAAUGCCUGCCACGCUGGCACAGUUUCACACCAUUUUCUCCCUGAUCGUCGUGAGCAACGGCUUAGUCUUCCUGCUGGGUCUGUGUGACUUUAAAGAGACUGGUCGAGUGGUUGGCUUGCUGUGGUGGCCGAUCAGGGAUGAUCCUUGCCACUGCUGA